AUGGGGGACUUCAACGUGGUUAGAUGCAAAGAAGAAAGAAUAAACUCCGAAUUCUGUAGUAGGAGUGCAAAUGCUUUUAACAAGUUCAUCCGCGACUGUGAACUUACAGAUUUAAAGAUGGGAGGUCAAAGAUUCACUUACUUCAGAACUCUGGGAGCAAAACUAAGUAAGUUAGACGGUUUCCUAGUGUGUUCAAAGUUUCUAUCUGCUUAUCCCCAAGCCUUCUGUUUUGCUAUGAAUAGAGAUCUAUCAGACCACUCCCCUAAUGUGCUUAGAGCUCGGUGUGAGGAUUUUGGUCCUCCUCCGUUCAAGUUUCUUAACUCAUGGCUGUCGCAUGAUGAUUUGGAUGGGGUCAUUAAAGAAGCAUGUUUGGUAUUUAGGGGUUACGACACCCCUGAUACAAUUCUCCUGAAUAAAUUAAAGUAUUUAAAGUUGGCCAUUAGAAAUUGGAGAGUCAAUGCAGCACGGAAGGAGAACAAUGAAAUUGAAAUAUGGAAGAAUAGGAAGGCUGAACUCGAAUUAAUUGUGGAAUCAAGGCUCCUCACUGAAGCAGAAUUGGAAGAAAGAUCUAAUAUUGGUGUCAAGAUAGAUGAACAUGCGAGAAUGGUUAUUAUGAAUCUGAAAUAA